GGGACUAGGUGGUUGCAUUACAAACUAUAGAAUAGACUCUGAAUAAAAGAAGUCGAAGUUCCCCAGUCAUGAGCUUUCUCCCAAUAGUGAUAUGGAGAAAGCAACAUAUAUCAAUUGUAUUAAUUUUCUCAACGAUAAUGGUGAAGCCUCGAGGAGGAAUGCCUCUGGCUUACAUAAUCCUGUCAUUGCCGCCGGGUGACCAUGACCCGCACCGCGCCUGGUGGGGCCAGCGGUGAGGUCACAGUGCACGGCAGCAAGCUGAGCUCCCACUGCAGUUUCGCAGGCUCCAUCUCCUACCAUCAACCAUCCACCAACCCACCUCGAGAUGGCCGACAGAGCACGAUCAAGAUCGCGCUCGCCUCGGCGCGAUCGAGACAGAGAUAGACCACGGAAACAAGGUGGUUUCAGAUGGAAAGACAAGAGUCGCAGAGACGACCGUGACGACGGUAACGAACGAAGAGGCCUCGAGCGAGGCUACCGCAACCGUUCCCGCUCCCCUCGUCGCGACUCGGACAGAGAUCGCCGCAACGACCGCCGCGUCGGCGGCGACGAUAACUACAGACCCCGCGACUCGGGCAGAGAUCGAGACAGAGACAGAGACAACAAGCCCACCGCCAGCGCCUCGAGCUCAAAAGAUGCGCCGACGAAGCCCAAAAAGGAAAAGUCUGCGCCCGCGCCGGCUGCAGGCGGUGGCGAGGAGAUGAUUAUCGUGCACGUCAACGACCGUCUCGGUACCAAGGCCGCGAUCCCUUGUCUGGCGUCGGACCCGGUCAAGAUGUUCAAGAUUAUGGUGGCGCAACGCGUCGGACGGGAGCCGCACGAGAUCUUGUUGAAGCGCCAGGGCGAACGGCCGUUCAAGGAUAAUCUUACCCUGGAGGAUUAUGGUGUCAGCAACGGUGUGCAGCUCGAUCUUGAGGUUGACACUGGGGAUUAAGAGGCCUGGGUUAUGGAUUCGGGGGGCUGUUGGAUGGUCUCUUGCUUCGGAGGAGUCGUUGAAGCUUGCGGUCGUGUUACCGCAAUGGCAGCAUUGUCACGUCUGGGUACCUUAUUCUGGCGUUAUGGGGGAAAAGAGUACACUAUGGAAUCAGGUCUAGGAAGUCUAGAUGUCACCGAUACCCGUAUAAAUAUGAUGGUAUGCAAAAUCCACAUAAGAUCAUUGCUGGAGAGCCCAAUGUAUCGCUCCCCACAACUCCACGAAUACGCACCUAAAUCUUCAUCUGAUCACCAGGAGAGUCUUUAUAUACCCCUCCAAGUCCAUUCCUGUCACCAGCCAGGAGGCGCCCGUCUAGGUCGACGGGUCAGGUCAAACUGGCUGGGUGGUGGAAUGGUUUAUGGUGAAU